AUGCCGUCUCUAUUGCAAGAGGACAAUGCUACUUUCAAGCUCGCAUCCGAACUACCAGCUUUCGAAGAGCUAAAAGAGCUUUAUAAGUCAAAGGGAAAGAACUUUUCUGCCAAACAGGCUUUCCAAAAGGAUCCAGCCAGAUCUUCCAAGUUCAGCCACACUUUCAAGAACUUCGACGGGACUGAGGUGUUUUUCGACUUUUCCAAGAACUUGAUCGAUGAUGAGAUUCUCGCCAAACUGUUCGACUUGGCCAGACAGGCAAACGUCGAGAAACUCCGAAACGAGAUGUUUGCCGGAGAACAUAUUAAUGUCACAGAGGACAGGGCUGUUUUCCACGUCGCUCUGAGAAACAGAGCUAACCGCCCAAUGUACGUUGACGGCAAGAACGUCGCCCCAGAAGUUGAUAGUGUUUUGCAACAUAUGAAGGAGUUCUCUACGCAGGUUCGCGAUGGUACCUGGAAGGGAUACACUGGUAAGCAGAUCACUGAUGUGGUCAACAUUGGUAUCGGAGGCUCUGACUUGGGUCCAGUCAUGGUGACAGAGGCAUUGAAGCCUUACGCCCAGGAAGGACUGCAUGUUCACUUCGUAUCCAACGUGGACGGUACCCAUAUUGCUGAGACUCUAAAAUACUUGGAUCCUGAGUCUACUCUUUUCUUGAUUGCAUCCAAGACUUUCACAACCGCUGAAACCAUCCGUAACGCCAAUACUGCUAAGGACUGGUUCCUUUCGAAAACUGGUAACAAAAGUGAGGCAAUUGCCAAGCAUUUUGCUGCUUUAUCCACAAAUGCCGAGGAGGUCGCAAAGUUCGGUAUCGACACUAAGAAUAUGUUCGGUUUUGAAAACUGGGUUGGUGGACGUUACUCUGUGUGGUCUGCUAUCGGUCUUUCAGUUGCCAUCUACAUUGGUUUUGACAACUUUGAGGACUUCUUGAAGGGUGCCGAAGCCGUGGACAGACAUUUCCUGGAAACUCCUCUGGAGCAAAACAUCCCAGUUAUUGGUGGACUACUCUCCGUUUGGUAUACUAACUUCUUUGGAAGUCAGACACAUUUGGUCACUCCAUUUGACCAAUAUAUGCACAGAUUCCCUGCCUACUUACAACAAUUGUCCAUGGAAUCCAACGGUAAAUCUGUUACCAAGGGCAAUGUUUUCGCCAACUACAGCACCGGCCCUGUCGUCUUUGGUGAGCCAACAACAAAUGCUCAACAUUCAUUCUUCCAAUUGGUGCAUCAAGGUACUCAUUUGAUCCCUGCCGAUUUCAUUUUGGCUGCAAAAUCCCACAACCCUGUUGCAAACAACGCUCACCAAAUCUUGUUGGCAUCUAACUUCUUGGCUCAAGCCGAGUCUUUAUUGCUAGGAAAGACUGAAGAGGAAGUAGCUGCUGCUGGUGCUACUGGUGGUCUAAUUCCACACAAAGUAUUUUCAGGUAACAGACCAACUACAUCUAUUCUGACACAGAAAAUCACUCCCGCAACCUUAGGUUCUUUGAUCGCUUAUUAUGAGCACGUCACAUUCACCGAAGGAGCUAUAUGGAACAUCAACUCAUUUGAUCAAUGGGGUGUUGAGCUAGGAAAGGUUCUAGCCAAGGCUGUCCAGAAAGAUCUGCAGGAUGACAGUGCCAACGUUGAAGAAAGCCACGACUCAUCCACUGCUCAAUUGAUCAAGAAGUUCAAAGCUUGGGCUUAA